GGUGUGGCAAAGCACCAGUUUGCUCAAUGGUCUCUUGCCUUCCGGGAGCUUGCGGCCGCGAAGCAAAAAAGACUGACGAUCCGGUUCGCGGUAGAUGGAUGGUUUCCGCUUUGCCAGUCUCUACUUCACCCACCAGCGGCAGAGACCAAAAAACAGUUCGACAUAAUCGACACCACCGACCUCUCUUCUCCUUCGUUCUCCCUCAGCAUGUUUUGGUCCCCCUUUGCGGCCGGCGUUCCCGACCCGCCUGGCCUUCUUGGGCUGAUGGUUGCCGCCAAGCGAUUGCUUAAAGACCGGCCAUCUUCGACGCUGGUUAUGGACAACGGGGAGGGGGUUUCGCUGGUUGUUGAUGUUGAUGGCGAUGACAUGGACUCUAAUAACUCCAGAUUUGCUGAGGCUGCCAACUCGACGACCGGCGCGUUCAUUCUGGGUCUGACGCCGGUGGAAUAUUGGAGUAAUGCUAGUGUUAGGGCGACGGUGGAUGAGUGUCUUGGGGCUGCUGCGCAGUUGUAUGAUGAUGAUGACGAUGAUGAUGAUGUUUAUGCCGCUGGCGGUGGACUAGGUGAAGGGGCUGGCGUGAAGGAGAAGGAGAAGGAGAAGGCGGCUGCUAGGGUGAAGAAGUUGGAGGAAAACGGACUGCAGAUUAGUAAUCGGCUGUUGAGGAAACACUCUAGGUGGCUAAAUCCUGGGCAGCACGGCGGAAAGUGGAGGAAGCCAACGGUUGUCGUCGAUGCAAAGGAGUUGGCGGAGGCGGCGUGGAGGGUUUAUCAGAAUUUGGUGGUUUUCCAGAUCGAGGGCCAGCGGGUGGUGCAUCAGGGGCAGGAGCUGGUCAAGGUGUCUUGGGGGGAGGGUCUGUGGCAGACCCUUUUGGACUUUUUGGGUGUGGUUUGUGGGCAGUUUGAGACGGAUAGGGAGGAGUUCCGUCGGGCUAUUCUAGAGAAGAUCGGGGGCAAUUCCGUGCAGGAUGCCUUGCUGAAAAAGGCGUUGGAGGAGGUAUCUGGCUCUGAGUCGACGACGGCAACCGAGGCGGAAGCGGAUGGCUGCCCGGUGUUUACAGCAAGCUUUGAUGUCUCUUCGGGUAUACUCAAGACCAUCACCGGCCAUCUGGAUUUCAUCACGGAAGAGGACAAGCGGUUACUGGCUGAUAAGACCGUCCCCAUCAGUCUUCGCCAGUCUUCUCCUUGGACUAUCGACAUCGUCUUGGGCGCCGGGACACUUGUCAAACCACUCGUCUUCCCGACCCCCGUUCUAAAAGAAGGCAGCAAAACGCGCAUCGCUCGCACUUCAGGGUACAUUGAAGUGAUCGCGCCCGCGAUUCUCAACCCCCGAUCUGCGAUACCUGCCAGUGUGCUAGACGAGUACAUUUUCCCUACAGUCCUACAAGCCACCGACCCAUCGUCAGAGUCAUCCCAACUCAUCCCCGUCCCCCUCAACGCCGCCACGGUCAACCUCGACUCGCUCCCCAUCCUCUCCCUCUCCGACGCCUCUCGACUCUCAUUUCUCGGCCCCUUAGCUUCCUCCAUCUACUCACCCCGCGAACUCCGUGUGCGUCAAGCCGCUUUCGAACAGAGCCUAGAUGAAUCCAGCUGGGGCUCGGCAAGACUAACCCUCAAGGAAUCCUUCCUCACCAUGAUCAACAUCGCUGCCGGCCUGCAAGUGGGACAAUCCGGUCUUUUCGCCCUCAGCCCCGUUUCUGGGCCCGGGUCCGGGUCAUCGUCAUCGGAUGGUAGGCACAUCCUAAUCCUCGUCUCCGCCAUCCGACUCGACUGCAGCGCCCAGUCCGGUGGGGGGAUAAUUCUCGAUGCGGCCGUACUGCCGCUUACCCGCUCUUUGCUCGACAACACCAAAAAGUCCGCAUCCAGCGGCGGCGGCGACGGCGGCGACGACGACGACGAGGAGGACCUCCAAUCCUUCCUAGUCCUCCUCCGCACCCUCGAAUGCGUCGACCUCACCGUCACCGACGCCGAGCUCUCCCUCUGGAAAUCCAUCCUCCCUUCCUUCGCCGAACGCUGCCGUACCUGGUCCCACUCCCCCUCCUCCUGCGAAUACGUCACCACCGGCGGCCACGUCCCCCUGAGCCUCCAAAAGGGGGAACCAGUCCUCUGCACCUGCGGCACCGGCCAUUUCCCCCCCAACUACCUCUCCUUACCCCUCUGGGAGUCAGCAGCAGCCCGGCACGCCACGCGCGUGGCUAUUUCCGCUCCGUACUGCUCCCCCACCGUAGAAAGGGUGGUGUUCGAUCCGGUUUUGGCUAGAAAGAUUGCGGAGCGCGGGCUGGAGGAGGCACUCCGAAAAAAGGAGGAGAGGUGUAGGUGUUGUGGGAAGGGGGAGGAGGAGCUGGUUGAGGAACUGAAAGCGAAGGGGGGGGAGACGGCUGGGAAAACGGCGGAGGUGUUGAGGAAGUGUGCGAGGUGUUUGAAGGUUAGGUAUUGUAGCGCCGAGUGUCAGAGGAGGGAUUGGAAGACGCAUCGGACGGAGUGUGUGGAGAGUGAGGAGCAUCAUCGGUGAGGAGGGGGUAGAGAGGGGGUAGAGAGGGGAAAGUAGUGUAGUGUAGGUAGUGAAGCAUGUUUUGCAAUUUGAGUGUUGCAGCAUUCGGAACGUUGUGCAAUUUUAGAUAGGAAGCAUGCUGAGUUUAGCGAUUACUCGGUGGCGGAAUAUGCAUUGACGUA